UCAACUUUUUACGGAGCAGAUCGCAGGAGAAGUGAAGACGGAUGAGCACCGAGCUGCGUGAGGCCUGAACCCGAGAAGACCGAGCUGGAAUCUCCUCCACCUUGUGUUUCUGGAAGCUUCCACUCGUUAUCCUCUCCUGUCUCCUCCGAUCCGUCGCUCUCUGCCCCCCCGGAGGCGAUGACCUUUGCCCCCGGCUUCAGGCCCCCCUCAGCAGGCCGCUCCGGGCCCGGUGCCGGAGGAGGAGCCACCAUGGAGAACCUGGAGAAGCAGCUGAUCUGCCCCGUGUGCCUGGAGAUGUUCUCCAAGCCCGUGGUCAUCCUGCCCUGCCAGCACAACCUCUGCCGCAAGUGCGCCAACGACAUCUUCCACUCAGCUAACCCUCUGUGGCAGAGCCGCGGCUCCUCCAGCAUCGCGGCCAGCGGCGGCCGCUUCCGCUGUCCCUCAUGUCGCCACGAGGUGGCGCUGGACCGGCACGGCGUGUUCGGCCUGCAGAGGAACCUGCUGGUGGAGAACAUCAUCGACAUCUACAGGCAGCAGGAGUCCUCCAGGCUUGUAAACAUGAAGCCCGAGCAGCAGCAGCAGCUGAUGUGUGACGACCACGAAGAGGAGAAGAUCAACAUCUACUGUCUGUCGUGUCAGACGCCGACCUGCUCCAUGUGCAAAGUGUUCGGGCGACACAAAGACUGCGAGGUGGCUCCGCUCGGCAGCGUCUACGUGAGGCAGAAGACGGAGCUCAGCGACGCCAUCGCCAUCCUGGUCGCCAGCAACGACAACAUCCAGGCGGCCAUCUCUCAGCUGGAGGAAAUAUGUCGCACUGUGGAGGAUGGCGGCCGGCGGCAGAGAGAGCAGCUCGCCGCCCACUUCGCCGGCCUGGUGUGCGUCCUGGAGGAGCGGAAGCAGGAGCUGGUCGGUCGCAUCUCCAGAGAACAGGACGAGAAGCUGAAGCACCUGCGAGGCCUCAUCCGUCGGCACGGCGACCACCAGGAGGCCGCGGUGACGCUGGUGGAGUCGGGGAUUCAGUCCAUGGACGAGCCGCACAUGCCUCUGUUCAUACAGAGCGCCACCGUCCUCCUGGAGAAAAUGGCGGUGACGGCGAGGGCUUCGACCCUGGAGCGUCCGGAGCUCGGCUUCGAGAGCAUGAGCCACUUCUCCAUCGACACCGACAACCUGACGGACAUGUUACAGAACAUGGACUUCUGCUCUGGUGUGGGAGAUGAAGAGGAUUCUGAAGACGUGAGAGAAGAAUCAGAACCUGACUUUGGCUGCAGAUACUGAGACCUUCAUGCCUUAAGGGGACAGAGAGAGUUCAGUCUCCUCAUGAAAACCACAUUUAAAUUCACUAGAUCCACUUUUUCAUUUGGAUCAUCACUAAUUUACACAAACUCAUAAACAUCACUUCCAUAAAUAUGAUUUUUUUUGUAUUGUUCUGUAAUAAAACAACAGAACUAUUGCAGAUCUCUUGAUGUUACAAAGAGUGAAGAAAGAUCCAAAUCUUCAUUCGUUCACCGCUGACUUCUUCUUCAGUUGUCAGUGCAUGUUCAUGAUUUUUGGGGGCGGAGCUUGGACAGAAGGGGAGGGGAUUUGUUUUUCCAGGAUUACCAACCCGAGUUUAAAGGAUCCCUUUGUAUCAGCUGUGGAAGAAUAAAUUGCUUCACAAGAUUUUAAAAAGCUCAAAUCUCUCAGUGAACAUCUUGGAGACUUGACGUCUCCAACAACUGAAACAGUGCAAAUGUGUCAGAGCCUGUUUAUAGAUGUUCUGAUGAAUUGUAAUAUUUGAGUGGACGUGUGAAAUCAUCACUCAACCAGGCCGCUUACGUAAAGUGAGCAGAGAGGGAAGGAUUCCCCUCGUCCACUCGGGAGAGGAGACGGCAUCAGUGUGUUCAUGCUGAGUCAACAACAACAACAACAACAGCAACAACAACAUUCCUCCUCCGAGCAGGGACAUGAGGCCUGGGAGAGUCACUGGUGAUUAUUGCGUCGUGGGACGAUGACAAUGAUCUCAUCUUCUUCGUCCUUUGUUCCUCGCUGCAGGUCCCUGCUGCUGCGGUGCUGAGGAAACCAGACGGAGACCGAGGUUCAUCACAAUCCUCCAGGAAAUGAAUCCACACAACAUCUAUCAAUCCAUCAGGCAAAUUCUAUUUGUGCAGAAGUCAUAUUCACAGUCUCAAUUCGGGGGAUUCAACUUUGAGUAUAAGUAUAAAUGAGGAGGUAUAUUGUACAUAUAUAUCCAACGACUGAGCACGAGGUCUCCUGGGAAGAAGUCGAGUCAGUCACAUGCAUUGAUGAGAUGUUAGAGUGAUGA